AUCCUCUUCUAAUAUCCAUGUCCUUUCCUGGGAAUAAUUCAGAGAACUGCACAUGGGACUGUCUGGUUGAGAAAUUGAUCAAUAAGGGAUUUAUGUAUGAAAUGUUGAUUAUAUUUAGCUUUUCAUGGUGGCUCUGCUUAUGUAGUAAGGAAACGUCACUGAUUUAAAGGACUGAAAUCGCUAUUGGAAGCAGCAGAUUACAUUCCCAAGGAAUAUUUUUAGUUUCACUGACUAAUAAGGAAAGUCAGGUAAGACAAACUUGACCAUGAAGGUAGGAGUGAUUGAGACCCAUCACUCCCAUACAAUUGUUCCUAGCGUGGUAGUGCAAGACAUGAGUGAGGACCAUGGACCGAUGGACAAAGGGGAAAACAGGCAAGGGUAUCUACCCGGUGCACUUGCACACUACAAUAUUAACAACAAUAGUAACAAAGACGAAGAGGAGAAGAAAAAGAAAAAAGAAAAGAAGAGCAAGUCAGAAAAAAAAAAGGAUGGAGAAACACAAAAGAACAAGGAAAAAAAGGAGAAAAACAAAAAUAAAGAUAAGUCCAAGAAGAAAGAAAAUAAAGAAGAGAAGAAGAAAGAUAUUUACAUUAUUGAUCCAGCAGGAAAUAUGUAUUACAACUGGUUGUUUUGCAUCACAAUGCCUGUCAUGUACAACUGGACCAUGAUUAUUGCUAGAGCCUGUUUUGAUGAGCUUCAGCAUGACUACUUAGUGGUAUGGUUCAUUGUUGAUUACAUUUCUGAUGCCAUCUAUGUUGCUGACAUGUUUGUACGGACAAGAACAGGUUACCUGGAGCAAGGUCUUCUGGUGAAAGAAGAAGAAAAGCUUCAAGAGAAAUAUAAGACAUCUUUGCAAUUCAAAUUAGAUUUUCUGUCAAUCAUACCAACUGAUCUCUUAUACUUUAAGUUAGGACUGAAUUACCCAGAAUUAAGAAUAAACAGACUACUCAGAGUAGCUCGGAUGUUUGAAUUUUUCCAGCGAACAGAAACAAGGACAAACUACCCAAAUAUCUUCAGGAUCUCUAACCUUGUCAUGUACAUUGUGAUUAUUAUUCACUGGAACGCCUGUGUGUACUACUCGAUCUCGAAAGCCAUUGGAUUUGGGGCUGACACAUGGGUCUAUCCCAACACCUCUGAUCCGGAAUUUGCCCGUCUGACUAGAAAGUAUGUCUACAGUCUCUACUGGUCUACACUGACCUUGACUACUAUUGGUGAAACACCCCCUCCUGUAAGAGAUUCUGAGUAUUUCUUUGUGGUCAUUGACUUCUUGGUUGGAGUAUUGAUUUUCGCUACCAUUGUUGGUAACGUGGGCUCUAUGAUCUCCAACAUGAAUGCUGCCAGGGCAGAGUUUCAAGCAAGGAUUGAUGCUAUCAAGCAGUAUAUGCACUUUCGGAAUGUGAGUAAAGACAUGGAAAAAAGAGUUAUAAAGUGGUUUGACUACCUGUGGACAAACAAAAAGGCUGUGGAUGAAAGGGAAGUCUUGAAGUAUCUGCCAGAUAAACUAAGAGCAGAGAUCGCAAUUAAUGUUCACCUGGAAACGCUAAAAAAAGUUCGGAUUUUUGCAGACUGUGAAGCUGGUCUGUUGGUUGAACUGGUUUUGAAACUCCAGCCGCAAGUAUACAGUCCUGGAGAUUAUAUUUGCAGAAAAGGAGAUAUUGGACGAGAGAUGUACAUUAUCAAAGAAGGCAAGCUGGCAGUGGUCGCUGAUGAUGGAAUUACCCAAUUUGUGGUCCUAAGUGAUGGCAGCUAUUUUGGAGAAAUCAGCAUUCUUAAUAUCAAGGGUAGCAAAGCUGGCAAUCGAAGAACAGCCAAUAUUAGAAGUAUUGGAUACUCGGACUUGUUUUGUCUGUCUAAAGAUGAUCUCAUGGAGGCUUUGACAGAAUAUCCAGAUGCAAAGGCUAUGCUGGAAGAAAAAGGCAAGCAAAUCUUAAUGAAGGACGGGUUGCUGGACAUUGAAGUUGCAAAUUUAGGAAGCGAUCCUAGAGAUCUGGAAGAGAAGGUCACCUACAUGGAAAGAGCAAUGGACAGAUUACAAACAAAGUUUGCCAGGUUGUUGGCUGAGUAUGAAGCUGCACAACAGAAACUGAAAAAAAGACUUACACAAAUCGAGAAAAUAUUGAAGCCAGUUAUAGAGCAAGAAUUCACAGACUUAGAAGAAACAGAUCCAUCCACAGAUAAACCUGGAGUGUCAAAAGCGGAAUAAAACACUGGAGGUUGCCAAUAAGACUUAGGGUCAAACCCUGCACAGGGCUGAAUACACUCAUUUCUAAUCUUCGUAGGACCUGGCUAUUAAUUACAAAAAAUUAUUUGUUGAGGUAAUGUCACUAAUUUCCUACAAGCAGCACAUAUUUGGAAGGUUUCAGGAAGAAAAAGAAGAAUCGAGACUGAGGAUGGAAGAUAACACCUUGCUCUUGCACAAACAGGUGGCAUUAUCUGCUAAUGCGUUAUGUACUCAUUAUGUAACACUGCUCUACGGCAAAUGCAUUAAAUCUUUAUAGAGUCAUAUACUGGCAAAUACUGAAAGUUUUGCUGACUAUUUUAAAAUAAUUUCUUUGUGUCUACUUAUGGAAAGAAGGAAAGGUUUGGUAACAAUUAUAUUAUUUGAAGUCAAUAUAGGCAUGAACCAUGACAUUGAAUUUGUGUAUAAACAAACACGUAAUAUCUAUGGAUUAACAUAAGAUUAAUUAAGUAUGGGAUAUUAUAUAAAAAAUUAGGUAUAUCUACAAUGCAGAUGUGAGUACUGAAGGCUGUAAGAUUAGGAAAAUAUUAUUACUUCAUUGGGUCCACCUUGGCUGAUUUCUUGAAAUGUACGCGGGCAGUUUUAAAUGGUCCUUUUGGGGGGAUAUUACAUGCAAAGACGGGAAUAGAAAGGGGGGAAAAUACAACUUCUUGCAAGCAUCAGUAUGACAAAUAUGGAUGGCUCAAAAUCUAGCUGUUCUUCCUGCAAUAAUAACAAAUAAGUAAUAUUGAAGACUGUUCUGCUCCAUGUAAUCAUAUGGCUGCUGAUCAUGGACUAUCAAGCUUCUAAGAUCUGUGGUUAAAAAUUUUUAUAUCCCUAAUGUGACAGUUGUGGAUGCUGGCAGAGUGCAAGGGGCAGACUUGACAGAAAGAGGCCAAACUCUCCCUACAGCGUCUUUUGCAGCUGCUGUUGGGGAAAGAAUACAACGACUAAAUAGAUCAUUUUUUUCAUUGAUAGGGUAUUUCUUUCUUCUGUUUUUAACUACUACUAAGUAAAAUCUACUGUGUCAUAUGUCAGAUACAUUUUCAAUUGCUUUAAGAAGCAUUAUCUCCUUGGAUUUUUUCCCUAAUUCAUGUCUUUUUCCAUUGGCAAAAAUUGAUUUUAUUAGUUGUGGUCUCAGCUGGGUAUUUUCAGCUGGGUAUUUUAAAUAGACUUUGACUUAAUGUUGGAAAAGUUUGAUGACAGGGAGCGAAGAAAGGAACUGCAAGGAGAGAAUGGAUAAUUCUGUAUUUAGGGCAAUUUGAUUAUCCUGGGCAAUUGGACUGCCACGCUUAAAAAAUACAUACGUAAAUGUUACUGUCACUUGGCAAUAUCUCUAGUACUUUCAUUCUUCUCCUUAAUAAGAUGGAGAUAUUAUAAAUUGGCUCUUUUUAAAGUG